AUCUGCUGUUGCGAACAGACUAAUUUUUUCCUAUAUACAUUUCGUAAUAAAUUAGUCAUAAGUUCCUGGAAUUACGAGUCUACAGCAUUUGCUAUUAUUCAUUUUUGUAUGUCGCUAAAUGACUGUUUUUUUAUAAUUCUAGUACAAACUAUGCAAAAUGUUAAUUCGCUGAAGUUUUAUGUUGCGACAUACAUGGGUUCGGGUCAGCGUUUUUGUGAGCGAUUAUUCUAAUUCUGACUAUCUUUGCAGUGAUAAUAUAUUCCACUAAGAAAAUGAGUCAACUUUAAACUGUUAAAAUAUUUUGUAUUCGUCUUUUAUUUGGAUAAAACCAUUCUCUUGUUUUCAUUGAAUUCUAUAAUAAAUUAAUUUUUCUUUGUUUUUACUUCUUCAAAUUUUGACGUAUCACAGAGGGGGCCCAUAAUUCGAACUACUUUAACGUUCCGUUAUUCAUUCUUCUAAUUUUAUAUAAUAAAUUUUAUAUUGUUUAUAAACAAAUUUAUUGCGACUUUAGCAAUUGAUACUAUUAAUCUCAGUCAUGAAAUAGAAUUUCCUCGCUAAAAAAAUCUAUUCAAAUAGCGCGCCGUUUAAAAGAUUACAUACCUUAGUGUAAAAUAUAAUUCAUCACUUAUGCACUCGCUGCUAAAUUUAUUUCUUCUUUACAUUCGGUGUCAAGAUCAAGAUUACAAAAUGUGGUAUAUUACUCAAUGGGAUUUCUGAUUGUUCUAAUCCUAUUGACGAUUGUUGCCUCAUGUGAAACAUUGAGAUACUACAUCAAAUUUUGUUCAUUUGGAGCAGCAAGUGCUAUACCAACAAGUAUACAAUGGCCUUUCAUGUUUCUACGAAUCAAAGACUGGAGAAAUGCAUUACUAUCAGCAAGGUGUCUGAGAACAUGUGUGAAAUUACUAGGAGUAUCAUUUCACGUUCGUGGGAAAGAAAAUAUUGUUAAAGAUACAGGCAGCAUUGUACUAAUGAAUCAUCAAAGUAUAUUAGAUUUAACAGUCCUAGCUGAACUGUGGCCUGUAUUGGAAAGGUGUACCGUUAUCUCUAAGAAAGAAAUUUUUUAUCUUGGUCUAUUUGGCUUGGCAUCUUGGCUUUGGGGAACUAUUUUUAUCGACAGAAAAAACAGCAAAGAAGCCCAAAAAGGUAUCAAUUCAACAGCUGAACGUAUAAAAAGCAUAAAGGCAAACGUCUUAAUAUUUCCAGAAGGCCAUAGACAUUCCAAUUCUACAUUAUUACCCUUUAAAAAGGGUGCUUUCCACUUAGCUAUUGAGUCACAAAUACCAAUACAACCUGUUGUUAUUUCAAAGUAUUAUUUUCUGAAUUCUAAACUGAAAAUAUUUAAUUCAGGUACAAGUUAUAUCACCAUUCUGCCUCCCAUUUCUACCAAAGGUUUAACAAAAGAAGAUCUUCCAAAACUCAUAGAAGAUACAUAUAAAAUUAUGAAUAAUAGCUUUAUGGAAACUUCACAAGAAACAAUAAAUGAGCACAUAAAUACUUUGAAAGAUGAGAAAUAAGGAAGAAUACUGUUAGAAAUAUUUAAUGUUAUUAAUAUAAUGCAUACAAAUACAAUAUGCAUAUAUUACAUGAAAUUUGAUUAUAAAGAAGUCUGGUCAAAACUUUCCAUAAUCUUAAAAUUUCAAAAGUUUAAACUGUUAUCUGUAGUACAUUAGGAAUAUCGUCAUAAAAUUCUGAGUAUGAUCAUAAAAAUAGAAAAAAAUUGUACAAGUAACAAUACAAGGUAUGCCAUUUCUCCAGCUGUUUGUGCCAUAGUGUUUAAUCUAUCAUUGUAGUAUUUGACUACGUAAAACUGUCUUUGAUGAAGUAGAGAUUGCACAAUCGGUUACUAUUUUUAUAAUGUGGAUGGUGUGAUAUUUUGUGAACAAGACAUGACCAAGCAUACUUAUUUAUAACAAUAGUAUAAGACAUAAAUUAUAAGUAAAUAAAUUAUGUUGUAUAUAAUAUAAAGUUUGUACA